UCCCAAUGUUUACUUGUAUUUUAUUGUGAGUUAUUUCAUUUUGUUUAUUUGUUUGGCAUUUGCUGGCCACCAUAACCCGAUCGAAUAUUAUGUCGAUUUUUGUGAAGGGUGUUUGCGAAAAUUUCUGUCCAGAAAAAGAGUCAAAAUUGAGGAUCAAGGAGAAGCUCUUGCACUUUUUUGAACUAAAGGAUGGCCAAAAGCACAUACCAGGCACACUUGUUAAAUGCUUUUCUAGAUCAGCGGCAGACAAAAAAGCUUCGAGGGCUGAAGAUUUGCGGACCGAGAGAUGCCUUCAAAAAUGCACAGAAUACUUGUUAAAAGAUGUUUUUAUGGAUAACAGAAAAUCUUUUAAUACUGUUUAUGAUUUUGUUUUCGACCGCCUACGAGCGGUGCGUCAAGAAAUUGUCAUGCAAAACUACAAUGCUCAACAAACAAUUCGGCUGUUGGAACCUAUGAUUAUGUUUCUGAGUUACAGUCGCUACAAGCUAUGCGAGGAAGCUAUAGACAAUUUCGAUCCCAAAAUCUGUGAACAGCACCUGCAGGAAUGCCUAAAAAGAGCUCUCGUAUGCUACGAUGAAAUAGGUAUAAAUGAUAUGAAUCUCUUGGAAAUACAACGACGAGCUUUAAUAGAAGCAUUAUAUCAAGUUUUUAACUUGGGAUCUGUAGAGGCCAUGAGACGCUGCCUAACUUUGGUAGACGCGAUAAGACUGGAUCCUUUGUUUUCCGUAGUAUUUAAAAUUUCGUUAAGCUAUAUGCAGGGUAAUUUCUACAGAGUUCUAAAUGGCCUGCAAAGUCUUCCCCAUAUUUUAUGUGCAAUUGGUUCCUUGAAAUUACCUGCAUUGAGGAGACAUCUUUAUUGUGUGUUUUCUUACGCUUAUAGUAGCAAACAAUUAAUGGUACCUGUUGAAUUCAUUACCCAUUUAACAGCUCAUGGCAAUAAAGCUGAAGUGUACGAUGAUUGCAAAUACUACAACAUAAAAGUGAGCGACGACAACCAACACUUGCAUUUUCAAAAAUCAGAGUUCAAAUUCGAUGCAGCGGUAUUAAAAUGCAGACAUGAACGAUUUGUAGAUAGUAAAUUAAAAAAUACAUAUUUGCCAGAAGUUUUAUUGUUAAAAAAAUUUUGAAACUGGAGAAUAAAUAAAUUGUACACUAACUAA